GGUGAUCAGGUUUGAAGUGUUUUCACUUACUCCAACCGUCCUCCAGGAAUACACUCAUUUAAACUCGUGUCAUAAAGACCGGCCUCCGUCGUACGUUUGCGUUACAGAUAGAGAUGGCCAGGGAGGAACUGGUGCUGAGGUAAACGGACCAGUCUCACCUGAGAGCUGCACCUGUCCGACCAGUUCACCUGCUGCUGAGGGCGGGGACGAUGGAGGGACUCCUGUCCGCGCUGACCGGGAAACACGUCCUCUUCACGGCCUCCGUGGCCGUCCGGCUGGCUCUGGUGCUGUACGGAGAGCAGCAGGACCGGCUGAUGCAGGUCAAGUACACGGACAUCGACUACCAUGUGUUCACAGACGCCGCGAGGUUCGUCACCAAGGGCGAGUCUCCAUACAACAGGUCGACCUACCGCUACACCCCCCUCCUGGCCUGGCUGCUCAGCCCAAACAUCUACCUCAGCCCGGUGUUUGGGAAGAUCCUCUUCAUCCUGUGUGAUGUGCUGUCAGGACUUCUCAUCUACAGAAUACUCCGUCUGCGAGGUCAGAGUCCUGAGUCUGCACGCCGCAUUUGCGCCCUGUGGCUUCUCAACCCGCUGCCCAUGGGAGUGUCGAGCCGAGGGAAUGCUGAGUCAGUCCUGGCCGCUCUGGUACUGGGAACGUUGCUCUGUCUGGAAGAAAGGCGUUUGGUGUGGGCAGCGUUACUCUACGGCCUGUCUGUCCAUAUGAAAAUCUACCCCGUCACCUACGCCCUGCCCAUUGCCUUGAAUCUCCGCUCACCAGAGAUGAGGGUGGAGGACGGCAAGAACAGGUGGAUUGGGAAGAAGUGUGCCAUAUUUAUUGGAAGGUUCUUCAGUCGCAAGCUUCUCCUCUUUGCCGGCGUGUCUGGAGGAGUAUUUUUCAUGCUCACGGCGCUCUUCUAUUACAUGUACGGGUGGCAGUUUCUCCACGAGACCUACUUGUACCAUCUGACCAGACGAGACAUCAGGCACAACUUCUCCCCGUACUUCUACAUGCUCUACCUCACUGCAGACAGCAGGUGGAGCCAGAUCCUUGGCCUGGCAGCGUUCCUGCCACAGCUCAUCCUGCUGCUGGCAGCAUCAUGGACCUUCCACCGUGACCUGGCCUUCACCUGUUUCCUCCAUACAGCCAUCUUCGUCUCCUUCAAUAAAGUCUGCACUUCACAGUACUUCCUGUGGUACCUGUGCCUGCUUCCUCUGGUCAUCCCACACCUGAGUCUCUCUGUGAAUCAGGGGCUGGGUCUGCUGCUUCUCUGGUUUGCUGGACAGGGCAUCUGGUUGGCUCCAGCCUACUUCCUGGAGUUUGAGGGCUACAACACCUUCCUGUGGAUCUGGCUCGCUGGUUUGCUCUUCUUGGUCAUCAACUGCUACGUAUUGAUUCAGAUCAUAGCUCAUUACAAACCCACACACACUCCACAGAGGCUGAAGGCUGAGUGACCCUCCGGGGAUUUGAAUAUGGACCAAUUUUAUCCCAAUGUGAGUGUGAGGACUCAAACAAUGUUCCAGUCAAUCAUGAACUACAGAUGCAUCUGCAUGAAAAGGUUUUUUUCCCCCCACAGUUUUUAAUUAAUCUAUCUAGUAUAUUUCUUUUUCUUUUUUAUUGAACGGCUAAGUCAUAAAGUUAAUUUGUAAGAUACAAAAAUGUAUUUGUAUUAAUAGCUCUCCUAGUCAUUGCAGGUCAAACUGCUUAAAUCCACAGUGACUCAGAAAACGCAGUGUCGCAGAAAACCGCUCUUGCACUACUUUUUCUAGACUGAAACUGGGACGUCCGCUUCUCCUGUGGUCAGGUCACACGAGGCGGAUGUUCUCGGUUUGACUCGAAGAGCAAAAUAACUUCUGUAGAUCUGAAACUGAAGUUUUCCAGCACUGAGCUGAAAUAUUGAGCAUCUCAGGGUUUUUGUAAUGGCUAUGUUUUCCUCCUUGUGAAAAGCUGUUCCCAGGUGGAACGAGGAUUCACUACGGGCAGGUGUUAGGAUGAACCUGGCAGAUUAAAACUUAGAAAGUCCAGGAAAAUCUAAACUAAAUCAUGUUUUGUGUCUGGAACUUUACCCACACACAAAGAGUUCCUUUUGUUCUGGUUUGUUGGCAAACGAAAAGAAAAACACUUACAGGAUUGUCUCAGAAAAUUAGAAUAUUGUGAUUUUCUGUAAUGCAAUUACAAAAACAAAAAUGUCAUACAUUCUG